GCGUCCGAUGUCGUUGUGCUCGGAGCUGGGCCGGCUGCAGCUCAUCGAGCCCUCCCGCUUCGUCACAUUUUCCUUCCCCAACCCUCUCCUCCACGACGCCUCCAACCCUUACGGCGACGGCGACGGCGACCACGCGGAGUACCUCCGGGUGGCCGUCCUCGACGCCCCUCUCCCCGCGGCGCCGUCUCCGCCCGCCCCACGCACGGCAGCGAUGCUCGUCCCGGCGGGCCGGCACCGCGACUGGAUCUUCUCCACCCGCGCCGGGCAGGUCCACCUCCUCCUCUCCUCCCAGUCGCAGUGCCCGUUCUCCCGCCUCAUACUCGUCGGCCCCGAGCUCUCCGCGCCUUCCCCUCUGGUCUUCUCCUGCGCCGCCGCCCGCCCGGACCCGGAUCCUGCCCACGCGCGGCUCCUCCCGCUCCUCCUGUCUCUCUGCCCCCGUGCUGCAUUUGGGGGCAAUCGCAUCCCUGACGUCCCCCUGCUCUCCUUCCACGACGAUCUCCUCCGGCUUGUUCCCGUCCACGCCGUCGCCGGCCCGGUCGUCGGCGAGAUGCUCGUCGAGGACGUGACCGUCGACUGCGCCCCUGCUCCGGCCGAGCUGCGCCGGAGGCUGCGUUUCAAGCGCACGCCGUGCCUUGUACAGACCCAGGUGCGCCUUGCUCGACCAUCGUCCGCCGCUGCUUCUGAUUCUUCUCCGUUGUUGGAAGCAUUGGACGAGGGGCUUGGUAGGUCGUUACAGCCGCAGGUGGGUGGACAGCUGCUCCAGCCUUACCUCCAGGCCAUGGUUGCCGGCCUCGCAGUGAUCGCCUCAUCCGCGGAGGAGAUCGUCCGGUCAGGUGCAAUGCCAAGGUGUCUCUGUGCUGGCCUUGGUGGUGGAGCUCUUCCAAUGUCCAUCAGAAUGGGACUUGGCUUCGAUGUUCUCGGCGUCGAGGCUGAUUGCGUUGUCCUAGACGUCGCGAGGAACUACUUUGGGCUGGUGGAGGAUGAGUUCCUUCGUGUCCGUGUCGGCGAUGCUAUUCAAGUGAUUCAGGAUUUUGCGCGUCGAGAGGAGCCUGAUACGACAAACUUCAGUGCGGUCAUGGUGGAUCUUGACUCCUCCGAUGCUAUGUGUGGCGUGAGCGCGCCGCCGCUGGAGAUGGCUCAUGGAAGCAUCCUUGCUGCUGCACGCAGGAUUCUGCAUCAGCAUGGAGUGUUGGUGCUGAAUGUGAUCCCUCCUGCUGCUGAUGGAUCCUUCUACAAAGCGCUGAUCGAUGUUCUUCGCCAGGUCUUCUCUGAGUUGUAUGAAAUAGAUGUUGGGAAUGGUGAGAAUUUCGUUCUCGUUGCCACGGUGUCGCCGACCGAGACCACUAGCACUGUUCAAUCAGGGCAGUUUCUGACGGAGUUGAGGAAAUUAGCUGGGGAUUUUCUGGAACAUAUAAGGAAAAUUUGACACCCUGAGUCGUUAAUGUAUCGCUGCUUGAAGUAUUCUCAAGGGAAAUAUGCUUUGUGUGGGUGUUUAUACACAUCCCUGAGAUGAUGACUGUUAGAAUUUGGCAGUACUGAGAGGAGCUCAUUUGAGCACUAUACUAGGGUGCUGCUGAGUUCGCUGAUGUAGUUACCUUGCUGAUGUACUUCUGUUCUGAUCAUAUUUAACUGGACAAAUAAGUAGCAAAUGCCUUCGCAA